GAGCUGGGUUAUCAUGAUAGUCUAUCAUCUGUCGGUAAGUUAGUUUUACGAGACAUCAUACCGUCCCAGCACGAGCAGCCCACGGAACCAAUGCCAACAUUCACCUCAAAAAGAUACCACCCCUCAACCCUCCAAAACACCAUCGGCGCGCGCUACCGACGCGGCCUCUCCCGCCACCCGUUCCUACUCUUCGGCCUGCCCUUCAUCGGUACCAUCCUCGCCGGCAGCUUCUUCCUGGCUCCCGUCACGGCGCUGCGGUACGAGCGCCACGACCGCAAGGUCCAGCGCCUCAGCCAGGAGGAGGCCAUGGGGGUAGGGCGGAAUAAGCGGAAGGUGGAUAUGAAUGAGGAGUAUUAUGUAUGUUUGCACCCUUUCCCUUUGUUUUCGCGCGCGCGCGCGCUGGUACGAAAUGGAUUGGGGGGAGGGGGGGGGGCGGGCUGACAUGUUUGCUGGUGGCGGGGGGGGGGGGUUUAUAGAGGCUUUCCGCGAAGGAUUUGGAUAAUUGGGAGCAAAAGAGGAUUAAGAGGUUUGAGGGGGAGCCGGAUGGGGUUUUGUGAGUUUGGGAGGGGAGGGGGGAUGCUCGUGGUCUUGUUACCCUUUUCCCUUUAGUGUUUGGGAUACAAAUACGAUCACCUUGGUUAACACAUUCGUACGGCCACUGCUGGUGGUAUUCAAAGUUGAAGAGAUGAUCCUUCACCCCAGUGAGCAAAUGCCGGAAGUUGUGUGGGGUUACUCUCUGGUAUUAGCCAAUAAGCAUCCUCAUGUUUUGGGUAUC